AUGGCAGCUCUUGUGAGAAUAAGUACAUCUAAGUAUGUAAGCUAAUAGCUCUCAUUAACAAAGGAUAAUAAAUGUUAAGCAUAAAGUAAAUUGAUAGGAUUUCUAUUUUAGGUAAAAUAGCCUUGUGUUCUGAGUUUUGUUUGUCGAAAAGUUAAGCCACAAAUCUUUAAUUAUUUUCGAAUUUUUUAAGAAAGACAAUAUCCUAUCCUAAUUAAAAUUCAUUGA